CAACCCCCCUCUUUUAACUAUCUUUCUACCUCAAAAACCCCCCCUCUCUCUCCUCUCUCUCUCUCUCUCUCUCUCUCUCUCUCCAACUUCAGCAUCAAUGGCUACCUUGAAUGAUGUAAAAGUGGAUAAAAUUGAAGAAAAGAUAGUAAAGGAACUAGGGGAUUGCACCCUUGAUGGAACUGUUGAUCAUAAAGGUCACCCUGCAGUGCGUGCAAGAACUGGAAGAUGGUUUGCAGGAAUUCUCAUUCUUGUGAAUCAAGGGCUUGCUACACUGGCAUUUUUUGGGGUAGGGGUGAACUUGGUCCUGUUUCUUACUAGAGUGAUGGGGCAAGACAAUGCUGAGGCAGCUAACAGUGUUAGCAAAUGGACCGGCACAGUUUAUAUCUUCUCCCUCCUUGGUGCCUUCCUUAGCGAUUCCUACUGGGGCCGGUACAAGACCUGUGCCAUCUUUCAGUUCAUCUAUGUCAUUGGUUUGAUAUCUUUGUCACUGUCAUCCAUAUUCUUAGUCAAGCCUAGAGGCUGUGGCGAUGAACAAAUUCCGUGUGGGUCCCACUCGACUUUGCAGAUCACACUGUUUUACAUGUCCAUAUACCUGAUUGCCCUUGGAAAUGGAGGGUACCAACCUAAUAUUGCUACAUUUGGGGCAGAUCAGUUCGAUGAGGAGGACCCUAAAGAAGGGCACUUAAAGGUGGCCUUCUUUAGCUACUUCUACUUGGCCUUGAACCUUGGUUCACUCUUUUCAAACACAAUAUUGGGCUACUUUGAGGAUGAAGGAAAGUGGGCACUUGGUUUUUGGGCAUCCACUGGCUCUGCCAUCGUGGCACUGGUCUUGUUUCUCAUUGGGACCCCUAGGUACAGGCAUUUCAUACCUAGAGGCAACCCUCUCUCUAGAUUAUGCCAAGUAGUGGUUGCUGCAGCCCGAAAAUGGAAGGUCGUGAUCCCGCCAAGUGGAGAGGAACUCUUUGAAGGGGAUGGAAAAGAAAGGAAAAUACUUCAUACCCAAGGAUUUAAAUUCUUGGAUAGAGCAGCUGUGAUGACUUCAAAGGAGUAUGACUUGAAGGACAAAGUUGACAGUGCUUGGCAUCUGUGUCCUGUGACACAAGUGGAAGAAGUGAAAUGUGUACUAAGGCUACUCCCAAUUUGGUUAUGCACUAUACUAUACUCUGUAGUCUUCACUCAAAUGGCCUCCCUCUUUGUGGAACAAGGCGCCGCCAUGAAAACUACCGUUGCAGGAUUCCACAUACCGGCUGCAAGCAUGUCUAGCUUCGAUAUACUCAGCGUUGCAGCCUUCAUUUUCAUUUAUAGGCGCAUUCUUGACCCCUUUGCCGCGAGGCUAAGAAAGGGUAGCCCCAGAGGGCUCACCGAGCUUCAAAGGAUGGGAGUAGGGCUUGUUAUCGCUAUAAUGGCAAUGGUUGCAGCUGGCACAGUGGAGCAUUUCAGGCUCAAACAUGCACAAAAAGAUUGCACAAGCUGUGAAAGCUCGAGUUCAUUAAGCAUCUUUUGGCAGAUCCCUCAAUAUGUGCUCAUUGGAGCAUCAGAGGUUUUCAUGUACGUAGGUCAAUUGGAGUUCUUUAACGGACAAGCACCGGAUGGAUUGAAGAGCUUUGGCAGUGCACUUUGCAUGACAUCCAUUUCACUAGGAAACUAUGUCAGCAGCUUGCUAGUGACCAUUGUCAUGAAAAUCUCUACUGAAGAUAAAAUGCCGGGAUGGAUUCCCGGAAACCUAAACAAGGGUCAUCUAGAUCGGUUUUAUUUCCUCUUAGCAGCAUUGACAGUGGCAGAUUUUGUGGUCUACAUUAUAUGCGCUAAGUUGUAUAAGCAUAUCAAGUUUGGAGGAAAGUAUGGAGAUAGUAACUGCAACAACUGCAGCUACUCAGAAGUUUAAAAUUUGUGAUCUCGGGUGUUUGGUUAGAGGAAUGAUGUGUGAAGAAUAAAACAAGAAGGGGAAAUGCCUAUGAGGGAAUAAAUAGUUGCAAUGAAACUAGAGAAAUGUCAUUUUUCAUUUCUUUAGGUUGAGCACAAUUUAUUUUGACUAUCAUCUUGUGGAAAAGAAAAAGAAAAAAAAAUGGCGACCUCUGUUUGUAAUAUAGUAUGCAGGGCACUUUUGUAGCAUUUAUAAAGAUGCAAUACAUGUAUUUUCGCAUAA